AUGAAGGCUCUCCUGACUCUGGGGCUCCUCAUGCUUUCUGUCUCUGUGGAGGCCAAGAUUUAUGGGCGCUGCGAGUUGGCCAAAAUUCUGAAAAGCAAUGGAAUGGAUGGUUACCGAGGAGUCAGCCUGGCUGACUGGGUGUGUUUAGCUCAGCACGAGAGCAAUUACAACACACAAGCUACAAACUACAACCCUGGAGGCCAAAGCACAGACUAUGGGAUAUUUCAGAUCAAUAGCCGAUACUGGUGUAAUGAUGGCAAAACCCCAGGAGCAGUCAAUGCCUGUGGGAUACCCUGCAGUG